AAAAAUCUUUUGAGCUGUAAUAAAAAAAAGAAAGAAAGGAAAGGAAAGGAAAAAGAAAGGAAUAGAUAAUUACCAGCACCUAAAAGCUUUUCUCAUGUUCUUCCCAAUCACUAGCCUGGCCCUCCUCCCCAAAUGUUAGCACCAUGCUGAUGUCUAACACCUGUAUUUCUCCUCCUUAGGACCUUGUCCCCACAAAUCAAUACCACUAGUGGGUGGGUCAACAGUAACAAUGACUUCAAAGAACAAUUGUUUGUGUGUUUGUUUCAUUUUAUAUUGAAACCUUGAUCUCCAAUUUUAUUCAUUCUGAGCAUGACAUGAAAAUCAGUUUUUUGAGUUGGAGGGUCCUCAAGGAAAUCUAACCUCGUCGAAAUCCCAUCUACUUUUCUGUACAGAGCUGGAUGUAUCCUGCAGCUGAGAAGCUAAAGGAAAAACAUGUAAACAUGAUAUAUUAUGAAUUCAGCACUAUAAAAAAUAAACUGUUUAAGCCAAACAGUGCCAACUCCUUUUCUUAGGUUUUUCUCAAGAUUAAAAUGAUUGAAGUUGGGAAUUUUAUUCUUCUUUGCCACACUCUCUUAGAGAUAAGACUGUUAUGUAACUUUCCCCAGGUUUCCCAGAUGAUAGGUCACUAAGGAUGGAAACUGACCCAGGAUAGGUGAUCUAAUCCCAAAUCAUACACUUGCCACAGUCCCAUACAGCACCAUUGUGGGUGACUUGGUUUAGCUGGGUUGUGCUGAUAGAGACACAAAUCAGUGGUUGCUUCAAAGGUGGCAGUGAGCAGGACCACAAUGGUAGCCUUUUUUACAUGCAACAAUCUUUUCUCAUCUCCAGGAAUGCACAGGCACUUUAGAACCAUGUCUACUUUCUGACCAAGAAUUUCUGAACUUGGACUCAACUAGUCUGCGAUCAGCUGGAGGUGGUGAACGGAGCUCCUCUGGACACGAGCGGCCACUGGUCUCAGAGGAAUGAGCCAUUCAGGACAGUAAGGCCAGUGAGAUCUGAGGGUGCAUCUGCUUCUCGGUGGAGAGAUCUCCCAGAGCACAGCUUCCUGAAGAAACCCACCUCAGGCCCGUCCUUCUUUCAGGGCCCAAUGGCAGUUGAUGCAGCUCUGGCAGGACUCCCGGCAGAAAUCAACUGUCCCAUCUGCCUGGAUGGCCUGCGAGACCCUGUCACCAUCGAAUGUGGGCACAGUUGUCCCUCCUGCACCCAGCAGUCCUGGGCUGAUGUGCAGGACAGGUUCCCUUGCCCUGUGUGCCGUCACCCAUGCAAAGAGAGGUGCUUGAGGAGCAACACCCAGCUGGGAAGGAUGGUUGACAUGGCCAAGCUCCUCCAGAUCACCAGGGCCAAGAUGAAGCAGCAGGAAGAGAAGCGCUUGUGUGAGAAGCACAACCAGGCCCUGACCCUCUUCUGUGAGGAGGUCCUAAAGUUGUUGUGUCCCCUGUGCACUCAGCCCCCUGACCACCAGGGCCACCAGGUGAGGCCCAUGGAAGAGGCUGCCUCUCAUCACAGGCAAAGGCUCAGCAGUUACAUUGAGCCCCUGAAGAAGCAGGUGGCAGACGCUCAGAAAUCAAUAAGCAUUCAAAGCAAAAAACCCUUAGAACUGAGAGAGAAGGUGGAAACCCAAAGGCUGGAAUUAUUCUCUGAAUUUGAGCACCUGAGGCAGUUUUUAGAACGUGAUCAAGAAGCAGUUCUUUCAAGAUUAGCUGAUGAAGAGGCGAUUGAAAAGAAACUCAGCGCUAAUAUAACCGAAUUUUCAAAGUACAAUUCCACACUCAAAGGCCUGCUAAGUCAGGUAGUAGAGUGCACGGUGCUGAUGAAUGUGGAAUUGCUCUUACAAAUCACAAGUUUCUACAAGCACUCUGAGGGGUUCAGCCCAUCAAUGUUUUCAGUCCAGUUACGGAGGGAAGGCUGCAGUUUUCCUUUCCAGUAUUCUGCUUUGCAGAAAAUUACAAAGACGUUUAGAGUAGAUAUCAUUCUAGACCCUGAAACGGCACACCCUACCCUGACUGUCUCUGAGGAUAAAAAAUGUGUGCAAUAUACAAAGAGAAUGCAAGCCAUUCCUGAUUUUCCAAAAAGAUUUACAGUCAACACGGUUGUCCUGGGGUUUCCAUACUUUCAUUCCGGCAGGCAUUUCUGGGAGGUAGACGUGGGAGACAAACCCAAAUGGGAGGUCGGGGUUUGCAAAGAUUCUCUGUCCACCAGGUGGAGGAGGAGCCCGUCGGCCUGUCGGGGAUGCUGGCGGAUUAGGCGGCAGGGGAAUAGCUAUGAUGCCCCGGGAGCUGGCAGCAUCCCUCUCUUGUCUGAAGUGAAGCCCAGAGGCAUCAGCAUUUUCCUGGACUAUGAGAUGGGGGAAAUCUCAUUUUAUAACAUGACUGACAAAUCACACAUCUAUACUUUCACUGACACUAAUCGACCUCUUAGGCCUUAUUUCUAUGUAGGGCCUGACUCAAAACCUCUUAGGAUCUCUAUAGAAAAAGACUGAAUGAAAACUUUCUAAGAGACUGGACCAGUUUAAUAAUUUUUUUUAAAAUGGAAGGUGUGUGUGAAUUAAUACAAUAGUGGGUAUCAUAUUAAUAUGAGAGUAAAUCUAAUCCCCCUUCAAUGGAAGGUGAAAGGAAGAAAUGGUGGUCCUGUUAAACACACAGGAAGAGAGUUUCAUUUUGUUUCAACAACACUGGACAAGAUCUGAGGAUUGUCCAGGUCCCACUGCACUCUUGGUUCAAGCUCUACCCAGUGCUUGGGAUCUUCUGUUGCUGUUUACUUCGCUUCUUUACUCUUGAAUUGGCCUGGGGUUCCUAAAUCCCCCUUCCCCUCCAGGGUAUUCUCUGACCUGGAC